GGCGGCGUAGGCAAGACGACGACCUCGUGCUCCCUCGCCGUGCAGAUGGCGGCCGUGCGCGAGAGUGUCUUGCUGAUCAGCACGGACCCGGCGCACAAUCUCAGCGAUGCGUUUGGGCAGAAGUUCGGCAAGGAGGCGACAAAGGUGCAUGGCUUUCACAACCUCAGCGCAAUGGAAAUCGACCCUGCUAGCAGCAUUCAGGAGAUGAUUGAGCAGUCCGACUCGCAGGGCGGCGCGAUGGGCUCAAUGAUGCAAGAUCUCGCCUUUGCCAUUCCGGGCGUGGACGAGGCGAUGGGUUUUGCCGAGAUCAUGAAGCACGUAAAAGGCAUGGAGUACAGCGUCAUCGUCUUUGACACGGCACCCACGGGGCACACGCUGCGCUUCCUCUCGUUCCCCACCGUGCUCGAAAAGGCCCUGGCCAAGUUCAGCAGCUUGGGCAGGAGCCUGGGACCCAUGCUCAACCAGAUGACGAGCAUGAUGGGAGGCGGAGGAGCGCCCAAUCAGGAAGACAUGUUCGCCAAGCUCGAGGGCAUGCGCGCCAUCAUCAACGAGGUCAACACGCAGUUCAAGGACCCGGAGAAGACGACGUUCGUCUGCGUCUGCAUCGCAGAGUUUCUCUCGCUCUACGAGACGGAACGCCUCAUCCAGGAGCUCACGACGUACGAGAUCGACACGCACAACAUCGUCUUUAACCAGCUCCUCUUCCCCAAGAAGGAGUCGAAUUGCGAUCACUGCAAAGUGCGCACUCAGCAGCAAGCCAAGUACCUGGAGGAGGCUCGAGAGCUCUACGCCGAAGAUUUCCACCUCAUCCGCUGCCCGCUGCUCACAGAGGAGAUCCGCGGCGUCGAGAAGAUCAAGAGCUUCUCCAACUUCCUC